UAACAAACUAUCAUGUUCAACAGCUGUAGCCUCUGUUUCUCACUUCGUAUUUCUCAAUACAAAAUGUUUUAAUACCAGCAUCAAAAAUGCUUCCAAAAAUUAUAAUAGUUUUAAAUUCGAUAUUUUUAUUGAAAUUGGCCAGUGCAUCAAUCACACAACAAUAUUUCGAUUACGAUGUACUGAAUAAGAAUUUAUUCGAAAGUUUGAAAUUGCAUCCCAAACUAAAUGUUGAAGGUUAUAUAACCGAAAAAGAAAAUAAGUUCAUAGACAAGUAUGUGAAUGACUAUUUCGAACUAACUGCUAAUUCGUUAGAAAACAAACGAAAAAAGAGGCCCAAGAGAGGUUUGAGCAUAUCAACAUCUUACCCAAGCGAUGAAUUCGGUACCUAUAUAUUCAGCGGAAUAAAAUACUUGGAUGAUAUACCGUCCCACAACGCAAGUAAAUUCGAGUAUUUCCAGCAAUCUAACAAAUGGUUUUUUGUUACUAUAGAACAAGCAGUAAUUGGAAAUGUGAAGCUGCCUUUUACGAAUCUUCUAAUAUUCAGAAUCCAGAACAACACAUACUCCCGGGUUCCUCAGUGGAAAAUACAUAAGGCGGAAGAAUUUUCCAUUCACUCAGCGAGGAAUGCGACGUAUAUUAUACUCAAGGCUUCUGAUCAAUAUUACUCAGGUGUAUGGGAAUUCGAUGGCUUGGAGUUGGUUCAGGUGCAGAAUAUGGAGAUGGAAAAAGUUACCGAUGUCGGUAUUUGGGAAACCGAGACUGAAAUGCAUAUGGCGAUAUCAGGAAUCGGAUUUCGCAAUCAAACAAUGAAUCUCAACGAGACGAAGAACUAUAACACAACUUUCCUAUACAAGUGGAAUAAAUACUAUUUCAAUCUUAUUCAAGUCAUCGAUGAAUUGUCAUCCAGAGUACUGACAUUCUCUGUCGAGGGCAAUUAUUAUCUCCUCUUGAGCAUUAAGAACGAGAAAAACGGAGAAUAUUCGGAGAUAUAUCGCUACAAUCUUGCAAAUGGCCUGUAUGAAAUUCAUCAACGCUUACCAACGUAUAAUUGCAGAGACGUGAAAUUUUUCUACACGAAAAAUGUCGAUGGAUACGACAGUUACCUUCUGAUGGCCAAUUAUGUUUCUGGUGAAGACCUAGAUGAGAUUCCACCAAUUGUUUACAAGUACGUGGAUGGUUACUUCCUUCCAUUCCAGAAUCUAUAUAUAGAGAAUAUUGUAGACUUUCAGACGCUUUACUAUCCCAAAAACGAAGUGUUAUUACUGCUUGCCAGAACCGAAUUCCAAGGCUUGAAGACCUAUCAGUACGAUGGAUGGAUAUUUCAAGAGACACCACACGACAUCAAUAGCGAUCUUAAUGAACCCAAGAUCACCAACGCAAAAUUCGGCAUCAUAGAAAAUAAUAAGACCGUCUUAGUUCUAGGAAUCGCCAAGCAGAAUGGUCAGAAUAUCCUUGACAUAUACGAAAUCGAUUUUGUUUACGAGAAUGAAAUAUUUGAUUUCCGAAACGAAACCAUCAAAUGGUGCGAAGCAAGCGCGAAAAAAUUGACUCAAGUACUGAGGCAGAAAAGGCAAAUAAAAUCUGGAGAAAACCAGACCAGAGACAUAACAAAUGAUGAGUUGGUGGAGAAGAUUCAAAGAGCCACUUCACUUUUGGAGGAUCUAGAACAACAAACCGCCAAUUCUCUGCAAUACGACGGACCACACAUAGUACAGAAUUUAGAAGCAGAUGAAAUCAUCAUGACUGAUCCACAAGUACGUUUCCUAUCAAGUCAAACUAUUAACGAUGCGAACAUCAACGAGCUCCUCGACAAUUUGAUCUAUGUGAAUGAAGAUGAAGGGUGGCCGAACGGUAUAGUCCUGGAAAGGGCACAAAUUGAUUCUCAGAUACAUCCCGAUUUCAUAAACGGAAAGAACAUAGAAGAUGUGAUAAGCUUGGAUGAUAAUCUAUCGAUUAAAAACUUGAUCGUCGUAGGGGAGACAACUUUUUCCCAACCUGUGAUCACGGAAACUCUGAACAACAUACCUUUCGACGAAGAACAUAUACUCAUGAGGGAUUCCGACCAGAUCAUCCCCAACCUAGACGUAGAGGACGUCCGAGUCGAUAACCUGAACGUUGUAGGCUUGAAUGGCGGGCGAGAAGAAAAUGAGGACAUUGAACCGAUUAGCAAGAUCUCUAAGCUCAAAGCAGAGCGGAUGACGGUUGGAGGCCUGAUGAACGAUGUAAGCAUAGGAACGCUGGAUAAAUAUGCGCUUAGAACAUCCGGCGAUCAAGUCCUAACUGGAAAGUACUUCUUUGAGGAGUUGCUGGCCCAAAAUAUCGAGGGCCAGAUUUUGAACAGCAAGAGGCUGGAAGACUUGGUACGCGUAGAUUCUGGAAACUACAAAUUGGAUACAAACGUUGAGUUCACAAAGACCCUAACGGUAAAUGAAUUGUUCGUAAAAGCACUGCUGGAUUCGAUACCGGUAGCCAAGGACAAAUUGCUAGUCCUCCUCAAAGACACCGUUGAUACCCAAUAUGUUAGGGGGGAGAAAUUGAUGAAUAACGUCGAGCUUUUGAGUCCCAUAAAACUGCAGGGGAAUAUAAAGGGCAACGAUGUGAACAAAUUCAACCCUAUAGUGCAUAUUGAUGGACCCUUCAUCUACGAGGGAGAUUUUGCGAUUGGAGGUAACACGACGAUAGAGAAACUCUUGGUGGCUAAAGACAUCAGGAGUGUGGAUGGCAACCGCUCUGUGAAGAGAGUUCUUUCUCAUGGCAUCCCAUUGCAAGAGAAGGAAAUAGACAUCAAUUUGAACUUCAACCAGCAACUGAUCGUAGACGAAGUGUACAUCGAUAAGAUCAAUGGAGUAGACCCAAAUACCUGGGUAGUCACCGGAACCCAAGAGCCUCAGAUAAUAAAAGGUACAAAAGUGUUUGUGAACGACGUCAACGUGACAGGAAAUACUGAUUUCUUCAAGAUAAACGACAUAUUGGUUUCGGACUUGGACAAUAGAAUACUUAGAAAAACCGGCGAUCAAGUAAUCACUGGUAAACACACCAUCGUAAAUGUGGUAGCCAACAGGAUUUCAGGAAAUACAACAACAAUCGGCAACAACACUUGGAAGAAUAUUUUAACGACCGAUUCCGAUCAAGUUAUCUUCGGCACAACAUUCAUCAACGCCGAUGUUGAAGCCGACUCUACCAUAGCGGAACUGGCAAACAUUAAUGGUACAAUCAACGGCUACAAUUUCACCGAAGUAGCACGGGAUACAGUCACCAUCAACUCCGAAAAACGCAUCACCGGCCACAAAACUUUCAAGAACCUGACCGCGACGGAUCUCAAUGUCGCCAACAUGGAUUUGACGCAAAAGCGCAAAUUUACCGUGAAUGAAGACACAAGAUUGGAGAAAGCAUCGGUAGAAAAUUUGCAUUUCAUGAAGAAAUGCAACCAAAAGGAGGCGAAUGAAUUAGAUGUGAAGCUGAAUGAAGAUAACCAACAGACCAUUUCGGAAUUGAGUGACUUUGAAGAACUGGUAGUUUUGGGAAACGUUUUUAUAGAAUCUAACUACUUGGGCGAAAUGGAUCUGGAAAGAUUCGACAGGGAAACCAUUAAAAUUGAUGAAGAGCACGUUUUUGGCACUGUAGUUUUCAAUAAUACUUUGAUUUCGGACAGCCCGAUUGAACUGCACGGCGAUAUAGAAAAGGUGGAUCUGGAUAAUUUAGUGUCGACUUCUGAAGAUCUACUUAGUAUCAUGGACCGAAAGAUAUUCCUGAACAACCUGAAAGUAUAUGGGACUGCUUUUCUGGCUGGAACUGUAAACAACUUCGACAUGAUUGGAAUGUGCACUUUUUCCGAUGUUAGCAAUGGCGAGAAAGAGUUAGAUUUGAUUGGUAAUGCUGUUUUUGUAAAGGGGCCCCAAGUUUAUAAUAUUAUGAAUGAGACCGUCAAAACUAUACAUGAAAAUGCAUGGUUGAAGAAUAAGGAAGUCAACAUUGACCAAGAAAUGUCCUUCAAAAAAAUAACAUUCCGAAAAAGCGUCACAGUGAAGGGUACCGUCGACGAUGUGAAUUUGGAGGUCCUAGAAAAAGAAUAUUUCAGCAAGAGCAAAGAUCAAGCCAUCACAGGGGGUCUGUACUUUUCGAACAAUGUAAUCUUCGCUAAGAACCUCGUCUGUCCUGAGGUGGCCAUGAAUGGGGAAGUGAACGGAGUGAAGAUUCAAGAACUACCAAGAACUGUUUUGCUCCAAGAUAUGGAUCAACUGUUCGAGGAUAUUGCCUACUUCGAGAGUAUAAUCGUUGACGAUCUCCAGGGUGAAUUCACUGUCAAUAACCUCUCCCUGGAGACGGACCUGAUGAGGUACGACAGCAAAAACGUUGUAACAGGGAUCAAACGCCUGAAUACACUAGAAGUUGGAAACUUGGAACUGAAGCAAAACACGACAGUUCAGGACGUCGACGUACUAGACUGGAUACAGAACGCGAUACUGAAGAAGGGCACGUUCAUCGUCGAAAAACGGAAGAUUCUGCAGGGCAACGUGCACUUCGAUAGGCCCCUCGGCCUGCAGGGUUCAUUGAAUGGCGAAAUGUUCACCAACGAGACUAUCAUGUUGAAAUCGGUGGCGCAAAAGGUGACCGGAGUGAAGACUUUCGAGCUCCGGCCGAGGGAGAUGAUGAGAUUCAGGAACGUGAAGUUAAGAGGUCUUCUAAAUGAUAUGCAGAUAUCAGAUUUGCUGGAUGAUCAGAGUGGUAGUGGCGACAUGGUCCUCAAAUCCCCGGUGCAUUUUUAUAAUGACAUUUUUACGAAAAACAUCGAACUAAAGAAACCCUUCAAAGGCGUCGAAAUGGACAUCUUCCUAUCGGAUUUGAACGAUUUAGAAAAAUCGGAUCUGGUAGAGAAGUACGCGAAACUCCUAAACAUGACAGUACGUCUCAACAGGAAUUUAAGAGUUGAAUCUUUCUAUCUUCUGUCUUACAAAGAUCUUCAGGAAAUAGAAAACCCUCAGUACAUCGUCAAUUCUUGCUGCGACAAUCCUACCUUAAUCUACUUCGAUUACGUAAAUGAUUCCUACGUUAUGCGGUACUAUUAUUGGGACCAAGAUCUCAAUAUUUUCCAGAAAUCAGUUAAUUUAGCGGUGAACCUAGGGUACCCGCCGAUAAAAACCAUGACUUUCUCCUUAGACAGACAACAAUUCUUGUACUUGGAAUAUCCGGCAGAGGAGCACAGACUAGGAGGUCUAUUUCGAGGCCAAUUCUGGAAGGUGGAGAGCUUGAAUCGUUUAAUCGAUUAUGGCAGCAUUGAUUCUAAUGGGAUUUGUCAAAUAACUCCAAUACGUAUUGAUGAAUCAUACUGUAUCUUAGUAAUUUAUGAUAAUGUUAAACCACCACAUAUCUUUUGUGAAUUCAACCUUGGCCACAUGCGUUUAACGCAAUCCUUGCCUUCUGGGAAAUACACCCAUAGUGAAUAUAUGUCUAUAGAUGGUAUAUCUUUCUUGAUACUUCUGAAUAAUCAUGAAGAAAAUACUUCACAAGCAGGUGUAGAAAUAUGGUGUUUACACAAAGCACAAUUUGGCAUUCGUCAGGUUCUAUAUUUCUCAGAUCCACCGCCAAAAAGUAUUUCUACAAUUACAUACAAAGGUUACCACUAUUUGAGCAUUGUUUAUAGGGGAGGAAUACAUCAAGGUCACAUCGACAUCUUACGGUACUCUAAAUCAUCUGGGAACUUUGAGCAAUGGCAAAAAAUUACCUCAAUUAACCAGGUCAAGGCAGAGUUCAGUAUCCUUCCAAGUGGAGAAUUGUUCUUUUUUGUGCUUGGUCCUUCUAAUGAGACCCUAUCGAUAUACAAGUAUGUUGGUGUAUCAGGUUUCAAAGAAGAAAUCACAAUACCAAGUUCCAAGGAUAUACACGAUUUCAAACACUUUACACUAGGCAGGAAGCAUUUUGUUAUGAUUAGUACACAGGAUAAAUUGAAAAUUUUGCAAGCUCAAUUCAAGGGUAAUACAGAAGAAAGUUUAUGAUGCAAACAGACUGGUUUGUUGGUUCAGUUGUUCCACAUUUUAUUGGCGUCUUAUGUAUAUGUUGAUUUUUAUAGAAGAUUUAUAUCAUCUGUUGAAUAAAAUACACCAAAUGGA